CCAAGAGUCUCCUCAGUGUGGGCGAGUGAAAUCCUCUGCAUGUGAGAAACAGGCCCAGAUCAUCACCACACUGUAUGUUCAUAUCUGUAUAUGUUUCUUCUAAGUUGAUUAAAGCUAUUUUAGAACUAUCAGGUACCUCAGAGGUCUGACAGUACUGCACAAGCCUGCCUGCCAUGGGCUGUCGGGAUGUCCACGCAGCCACAGUCCUGUCCUUCCUUUGUGGAAUCGCCUCGGUAGCAGGCCUCUUUGCAGGGACUCUGCUUCCCAACUGGAGAAAAUUACGAUUGAUCACGUUCAACAGAAACGAGAAGAACCUCACUGUUUACACAGGCCUUUGGGUAAAAUGUGCUCGGUAUGACGGGAGCAGUGACUGCCUGAUGUACGACACUACUUGGUACUCAUCAGUUGACCAGCUGGACUUACGUGUCCUCCAGUUUGCCCUGCCCCUCAGCAUCCUGAUUGCAAUGGGUGCCCUGCUGCUUUGCCUGAUUGGAAUGUGCAACACUGCCUUCAGGUCUUCGGUCCCCAACAUCAAACUGGCCAAGUGUCUGGUCAAUAGUGCAGGUUGCCACUUGGUGGCCGGUCUGCUGUUUUUCCUGGCAGGUACCGUGAGCCUCUCCCCAUCUAUCUGGGUCUUCUUUUAUAACAUCCAUCUGAACAAGAAGUUCGAGCCAGUCUUUGCAUUUGACUAUGCAGUGUAUGUCACUAUUGCCAGUGCUGGGGGCCUGUUUAUGACUUCCGUUCUACUGUUUAUUUGGUAUUGUGCAUGCAAAUCUUUGCCUUCUCCUUUCUGGCAACCACUGUACUCCCAUCCUCCCAGUAUGCAUACUUACUCGCAGCCCUAUUCAGCACGCUCCCGCCUCUCUGCCAUUGAAAUUGACAUUCCAGUAGUUUCACACGCCACCUAAUGGGGAAAUAGUUAAUUGUUAGAGAAAACUUGUAGCCUCACAUUCCUCUUGUGCAAGGAGCUCUUUGGCCCUAUGUACAUUUUCCUUUGUUUCUGACCAGUCAGUGAAGCCAAAUUUUUAUGUCGCGAUAGAAUGAAGUGCUGCUGGUUUUUAUGAGAAGUACGUUAUUUUACAUGUGAAUCAAUCCUUUUAUCUUUUACUGGAAGGAUUUUUAGCCUUCAUGUCGAUAUGUGAUCAAUUCUUUAAGUAGAAAGGACCUCUGUCACGAUUGAGGUGAUUUAGAGCAACAUGUUAAAGAAAGAUGGCUCAGAGAAGCUGUUGUAUACAAUCUAUAAAUAUUUUGGAGUGUGUAUUGUCCUUUUUCUAUAACACCUUAGACUGGAAAAAAGGCAAUUUUAAAUAUAAGAAAUUUCUUUCAGAUAAGGGGGUGAUAUUUUAACAGUAGUCAAUAAUCUACCAGUUUAAGACUAACUUUUCUCUUGGGGCUAAUUGUAUGAAUAGGCGUCAGUAGGUUGAAGAUUACUUUCUUUUGUGAGUUCCUUCUACCUCAUGCAAGUGCUUAGAAAUAAAAUGCAUUUUAAAUGAUGUCAG